GAGCAGCCUCGCGGCCAGCGGGGGGCGGCGGCGGCGGCGCGCGACCCUCGCAACGCGGGGCGGGGGGGACAUGUCACCAUGGACUGCCGGACCAAGGAAAAUCCAGGAAGAACCUUUGAUUUGGUAGUGAAGGUGAAAUGUCAUGCGUCUGAAAAUGAAGAUCCUGUGAUAUUGUGGAAAUUCCCAGAGGACUUUGGAGACCAGGAAGUCCUACAGAGUGUGCCAAAGUUUUGUUUCCCCUUUGACAUCGAAAGAGUGUCGCAAAAUCAAGUUGGACAGCACUUUACAUUUGUACUGACAGACAUUGAAAGUAAACAGAGAUUUGGAUUUUGCAGACUCACCUCAGGAGGCAAAGUCUGCUUAUGCAUUUUAAGCUACCUACCGUGGUUUGAAGUGUAUUACAAGCUUCUAAAUACGUUAGCAGAUUACUUGGCUAAGGAACUGGAGAGUGAUUUGAAUGAAACUCUUAAAUCACUCUAUAAUCACCCGGUACCAAAGUCAAAUACUCCUGUCAAUUUGAGUGUGAACCCAGAGAUAUUUAUUGCCAGUGAGCAAGUUCUGAAAGAUCAGCUCUCCCUAGUACCGCAUUCCUACUUCAUUGCGCCUGACGUAACUGGACUCCCAACAAUACCUGAGAGUAGAAACCUGACAGAAUAUUUUGUCGCUGUGGAUGUGAACAAUAUGCUGCAACUGUAUGCCUCUAUGCUACACGAAAGGCGCAUCAUUAUUACCUCCAGUAAAUUAAGCACUUUAACUGCCUGUCUCCAUGGAUCGGCUGCCCUGCUCUACCCCAUGUACUGGCAGCACAUAUACAUCCCGGUGCUGCCCCCACACCUGCUGGACUAUUGCUGUGCUCCAAUGCCAUACUUGAUUGGAAUACACUGCAGCCUCAUAGAGAGAGUGAAAAAUAAAUCAUUGGAGGAUGUGGUUAUGUUAAAUGUUGAUACAAACACCUUAGAAUCACCAUUUAAUGACUUGAACAAUCUACCCAGUGAUGUGGUCUCGGCCCUGAAAAAUAAACUGAAGAAGCAGUCUACAGCUACGGGGGAUGGAGUAGCUAGGGCCUUUCUUAGGGCACAGGCUGCUUUGUUUGGAUCCUACAGAGAUGCACUGAGAUACAAACCUGGCGAGCCUGUCACUUUCUGUGAGGAGAGUUUUGUAAAGCACCGCUCAAGUGUGAUGAAACAGUUCUUGGAAACUGCAGUUAACCUUCAACUUUUUAAGCAGUUUAUUGAUGGUCGACUGGCAAAACUAAAUGCAGGAAGGGGUUUUUCUGAUGCAUUUGAAGAAGAGAUCACUUCAGGUGGCUUUUGUGGAGGAGGAAACCCAAGAACAUAUCAACAGUGGGUACAUACAGUCAAGAGAGGAGGUGCCCUGUUCAACUCUGCAAUGACCAAAGCAACUCCUGCCGUACGAACAGCAUAUAAAUAUGCAAAAAAUCAUGCAAAACAGGGGAUAAAGGAAGUGAAGAGUAAGCUAAAACAUAAGGAAAAUGAUGACGAUUUUGGUACCUGUUCUGGUUCUGUACAAUAUACACCAGUUUACACAUUACAUAAUGAAAAGGGAAGAGACCUAGAAACACAUACGCUUUCCCAGGCAGUCACAAAAAAACCUCCUAAGAGCCUUGAUGGUGUUCAAUACCAUGAAGAUGAUGAUGACAUGGAAAGAGCCAGCAAGCUAUCUUCUGAAGAUGGUGAAGAAGCGACAACUUAUUUUUAUGAGAGUGAUGACUCCAUUGAAACCAGAGUAAAGACUCCUUACUCAGGCGAAAUGGACCUGUUAGGAGAGAUCCUUGAUACUUUAAGCACACACAGCUCAGAUCAAGGGAAGCUGGCAGCAGCCAAGAGCUUGGAUUUUUUUAGAUCAAUGGAAGAUAUUGAUUACAAGCCUACGAAUAAAUCCAAUGCCCCUAGUGAGAAUAACCUGGCCUUCCUGUGCAGUGGUUCUGGCGACCAAGGGGAGUGGCUGCUUGGACAAGAUGACAGUGCCCUGCAGGGCCGGCACCUGCCGCCUUCUCCCCGGAAGAGGGUUUCCUCCAGCGGUUUGACAGAUUCUUUGUUUAUGCUGAGAGAAGAGAACAGUGAGAAAAGCCUCAGUGCGGACAAUGUGAACAGCCUCGUGGUGGCGGAAAAGCCAGCAUCCUCUUUGGCAGUGAGUUUCCAGCUCGCUUCUCGUGGAGUCGCCCAAACGGACAAAGGAAAAACAGAACAGAAGGAAACACUAAGCCAGAUUUCAGACGACCUGCUUAUCCCCAGCCCUAGGCGACGGCCAUCUACUUUUGUUCCUUGGGAGAAAGAAGGAAGCGAAGACAAAGAGACUUCUGAGGACGUGGGGCUGCUUCAUGAAGUCGUGUCCUUAUGUCACAUAACCCCUGCCUUCCAGCAAGACUUAAACAUUUCAAAAGAGAACCCACGCAGAAAUCAAACUUAAUCCAGCAAUUAAGAGUCAGUCACUUGCACCAAGCUUCGAUGGAGUUAUUUUAGGAUUCUGUGUAAUCUUUACCGUACAUGGAUUAUUUGUAGGAAUGACAGCGCUUACUGUGGUUUUCAAAAUUAUUUUUCAUUUGGGACAUACAUCUCCCUGAUUCAGUCAUCUCCUGGGUAUAUAAUGUUCUUUUUUUUUAACGUAAAGCUAAUUCUUCAACUGUGCUCUUAAAUCAGGUACUAGAUAAUAUGUAUGUGGAAGUAUAUAUUUAUCAUCUGAUAUCCCAGUAUUUGGUGCUUAAUGCCAUUUAUUUUAUUUAAGUAUGCGUAUACAACCCCUCCAUAUACCUGUUAGCUAUUAUAGUAAUCUAGUUGAGCAUGAAAUAAUCAAGAUACCAAAACUUAUCAGAACUCGCCUGAAACUGUUGACCCACUAAUUGCCUUAAUCUCACUCCUAUAUGAAGCGUACUUAGCUUAUGAAAUGUAUUUACUUACAAAUUUUGAUAGGUAACUUAUAAGUGUUCUGCAGAGCAAUAAUGCCUUUUGCUAGUCAUUAAAUCAAGGACAAAAUUCAUUUGUUUUCCAAGCUGUCCUGUGGACACUGCACCCAUGUUUCUAAAAAUCAAGGUACUCACUUACCUCCCAUUCAGUGAGAGAUAUGAAGUACUCUAUUGCAAUGUGAAAUGAAUGACUUCUGUUUACAAAUGAGACACAGGAAGCAUUUUCCCCCCCAUUCUAUGCCUUUGCCAUCUAGAAUAGAAGCCUAUCCCAGAAAGCCAAAUACAACAUAAACUGUCCUGUUGAAAAAAAUGUUCCUGUCUUCUAAAACUAAUAAUUUUCCAUUCGAAUACUUAAUAACAUCAUCUUAAAUUUGUAUUUUGAAAUAUUUGAUUUUAGAGUUCAAAAAGUUUAGCAUUAUAGAAACAGUAUGAAAUAAAACACAGCAUUCCCAAAGGUUUCUGCACACAGAUGUCCCUUAUAUGAAUAUAUUAAUCUGGUACAUUCAUCACAGUUUAAUGAAUGAAUAUGGAUCAUUUUGUCCCUUAUAUGAAUACAUUAAUCUGGUACAUUCAUCACAGUUAAUGAAUGAAUAUGGAUCAUUUUGUUCAGAUUUCAAACUUUCUUCAGUUGUUCCUAUGUUUCAGGAUCCCUUCCAAGACAUGUAUUUGGUUGUCAGGUUGUCUUGACUAUGACUUGUGUCUCAGACUUCUUCUUUCUUUUUUUCCUUUUUGAUGACAUUGAUAAGUUUUGAAGAUACUGGUUUGCUGUUUUGUUUGAUACCCUCUAUUGCAGUUUGCCUAAUUUUUUUUUUAUGAUUCCACUGGAAUUAUAGGCUUGGGAGAAAAGGGAUACCAAAGUGGAGUGCCAUUUUCAUCACAUCAUGUCAGGGGUAUGAGAUAGUCACCAAGAUUGUGACUGUUGCCCUUGGCCUUUUGAGUCUAGCCAGGGCUUAUAUUCCUCAGCUUUCUCUACUCUGAUGUUACUCAUUGCUCCUCUUUCCCAGACUUUGACGGAAGCCAUUGUAUAUGGCCUACACUGAGACGCAGAGACUGUGCUUUUCUGAGCAGAGUAAAUUAUUGGGUUUCUGUGUGCAGCUUUGACUUUUCUCCCUCACGUUCACUAUGAAACUUUGAAAUUGAUCAACAAAGGAAUCAUGGUCUCAUUGUCUCAUGAUAGCCGAGAUUGAUAAUAAGAGGGAAAAAAUAGUGGUAAUGUGGUUAAUUUAUUGUUAUUACAUUCAACACAGAUACUCUAAGCUCACCUAAUCAUGAGUUUUUAAAUUGUCAUUUAAACAAAGAUGUUUGGAAAAACACUCAAGAACUCCAUCAGGAUUCUAAGAUACUUACUAAAAUAAUUUUCUAUUAUAAAAAAUUCUAGAAUGAGUUUUUAUUUAAAAACACUGUGUGAAACUAUUUUAUCAAUGUUUAAUGAAAAUGAUACAAUGAAAAAUAAUCCUUAGCCACAUUCUAAAAACUGUGAUUUUUAUUGCUGCAAUUAUUCUUGCUUAAUAAGAAAGACAAAUAUUUUGCCUUAGAGGUAGUCUUAUCUUUUUCUCAAGAGAUAAACUGUAUACUUUAAAUCUUUAAUUAUUAUGUUUAACAUAAAAGACUGAAGAUUCUUUUCAAAUUUUUCCUGUACAUAAUAAUUUACCAUUUUACUUUUCAUUAUUGAAAUACUUAGUCAAAGAAUUCCAUAUAUCAGAAAACCUGUUUUAAAUAGAAGAAAAAAUGGUUACUUUGUUGAUUGGCAAAAAUUCCUAUAGAAUGUUUUAAAAGAAUAUAGGCAGCCUUUUAAUAUAAUUAUUUGGAGUGCAUAUUUCAACUUUGGAAGAUUUGGGACUUCAAAUUCCAUAGUGUGAAUAAUAAAAUCUUGACUGCAGCAUAGGCAAACAUUGAAUCACCUAACAAUAUGCUUGACUGUAAGACUGUGUUAUUUUUGGAGAGUCAUUCACAGGCAAUACUUGUGUCAGGUAUUUUAAAGUGGAUUUGUGCCUUAUUUUAACAUACAAAAUCAACUUUUAUAUUUCAUAUUAGAAACAAAAACAGAAUCUCUGCAUAUUAUUCUUGAAAAAAUCAAAAUACUAGCAAGUAUUGAUAUUUCAAAGCAUUCACAUUUUGAGUAUUCCAAUUCUGUUCUGUUACUAGACUAGUAUUAUCAUGAAUAUAAGGAGAAUGAGUGAAAUUAAGGUGAGUUCUGAAAUAAAAGUCUUCAUUUCCUGUUAUAUUCAUAUUUUCUCUUAGCAAAUAAUUGCAAGCUCCCCACUGUAUAUUUCUUUUCCCCAACAAGCAGCCCCUCUUACACAACAGAAUUGAGUAAGUAAAGAUUUUGGUUUGGGUAUAGUGUUUUAAAUAGCCUCUAGGCAAGAAUCUUUAUUGAUUCCUACCUUUUUUCCUUUGCCCUUAAAAUCAUGGCAUUUAAAGGGGAUAGAUGAGUGUGAAUUUAGGAGCAAUUGUUAAGUGAAAAUUUCGUUAAAUGGUAGAGUUUGAUGGUUACUUGCAUUAGCAUAUUUUAUAAAAGCACCAAGGCAGAGCAUGGUUUUUUUUUUCUGGUAAUUAAUUGAGAAAAUAGUUAUUCACUUUUUGUUCCAGUCAUUAGUAGUAAAGUGCAGUACCCAAGGAUGUGGGGGAAGAAAAAUAAAUGUGAGGCUGGAGCGAUAGCACAGCGGGUAGGGCGUUCGCCUUACAAGCGGCCAACAUGGCCGACCCGAGUUCGAUUCCUCCGCCCCUCUCGGAGAGCCCGGCAAGCUACCAGAGUAUUCGAUAUCCCAGACACAGUAACAACAAAGUCUCCAAUGGAGACGUUACUGGGCCCGCUCGAGCAAAUCAACGAUCAACGGGAGGGCCUUUCUCCAAAGGCAUCAUAAUCUUAAAAUGUUCUAAAUUUUCUAGCCAGGGGCCAGAGCAGUAGUACUGUAGCAUGUAGGGCAUUUGCCUUGCACGUGGCCAACCUAGGUUCCAUCCUCAGCAUCCCAUAUGGUCUCCUAAGCACAUCCAGGAGUUAUUCCUGAGUGCAAUGUCAGGAGUAGCCCUGAACAUCACUGGGUGUGAUCCAAAAGCCAAUAAUAAUAAUAAAUUUUAUAGCCAUUGUACUGUUUCUAAUUUCAUUAACUUUAUUACUAUAAGAAGUAUAAUAUGCUGCUAUCUAUCUAAGGUACCUACUCUUAAGGAGCAAAUUCAGAGACUCUUAGCAGUGAAGUGUCCUUGAUUCUCUAUCACCUCUGUACAGGGCUUUCUGUAGGAAUGAUGCUCUUUGUCAUACCAUGGGCCACUUCAUUCAAUUUGCAAUUAAGUGAAGGUGUUGGGUGCAUGUUGCUGGGAUUCCUGUUUUACUGCCUUUUCUUGGCAGCAUACUCUAGAGACAGCUCCCUCUCCUCACUUCCCCCACCCCCCAUCUUUCUCCUGAUACACACCCUUUACAACCAGCAUGUGGCAGCGCUGUUCUUAGAGUCUGUGCUUACUAGUGGGAUCCAUGAAUGCUGGUUAAUUAGUUGUUUCUUAAAUAAGAUGAAGAAGUAGACUCCUGGUCAAGAGGAGAAAGCUGUGAAUAUUCUCAUAAUCAGUAGACCUUUCUUAUUAUUUCUUUUGUAAAAAAGCUGAGUUUUUCAGAUUAUUUUCACAAAUUUUCUAAGAUGAAUUUUAUUCUGUUCAGCAUUAAUUACCCCCAUUUAGAGUACAUAUAUGUAAAUCACAAUCUAAAUUUAAAACUAUAAUUAGAAUAUUCAAAUCUUAGACCUCCAAAGCACUUCUUAAUACAGGAAAUAAUUCCGACAAACUCCAUCACUACUGACAUCCUUCCUAUGUGGAAUUUUCAUUUCUUAAAGUUUAUUUGAGAGGCAAGAUUAAUUUAAGAAAAUAUUUCGCUUUGGUCAAUAUAUGGAACUGUGUAAUUUAAAAAUCAUAUUUUACUUUGAAAAUAAUAGGAUUUUGUGCAAUAUUUUGUUGGCCAUAAUUUAGUCCAUGUAAUAGUAUACAUCGACUUCUCAAGCAGAUGCCAUAAGGUCAUUUUUUUUCAGUAUUUGUCUCAAACUGUAUGUAGCAAUGUUCAAUGUGAUUCUAGAUUUAAAUAUUGUUUAUUUUAUUUACAGGAGAAAUGUUUUUGUUUAUUUAAAAUUAUUAUGGAUAUUGCAUUAUAGUAUCAUAACUGCCUCAACAAUAAUAAAUAUGCAAUAAGUAAACCUGAA